GCGCCCGCCCCCUGCCUGGCCGGCCACCUUCGGUAGCUGCUUCCCGGCGUCCGCCAUUGGCUCCGCCGCCCUCCGGAGCACUUGGCAGUGUUGAGGGGCUCUGGACGGUGGGGAGAGUCGCUGAGUGUCGCUAGGGGCAAAGGGCCGAGUGACGAGCGGACUGAAGCAUUGAGCGCGUGGAAGGCAGAGUAGCUGCACACCGAAGGUCCGAGAAAGGGGCUUCCAGAGGUUUCGGCACCUUGCGGAUUUCCUGGCCCCGCCCGCACCUGAACUCGAGACCCUCUAGUGCGCGUGCGCAGCAAGGGUCUUCCCGCCCCUGAUCGCGAGACCCCCAACGGCCGGCGGCUCGAGGCCUCGCGUGGGCGUCCUGGUGGAGCGGGUCAUGGCGCAGCUGUUUGGGCAGAGGCGGUGCCGGGCGCUCCUCGCUCUAGUGGCAUCGCUUAUCCUCUCUGGGGCCGCGGCGGCCGACGGAGAACGUGGCAUCCGCGACUUUUGCCUAGUUUCAAAGGUGGUGGGGAGAUGCCGGGCCUCCAUCCCCAGGUGGUGGUACAAUGUCACUGAUGGAUCCUGCCAGCAGUUUGUGUUUGGAGGCUGCAGAGGAAAUGCCAAUAAUUACCAAAGCAAAGAGGAGUGUCUCAAGAAAUGUGCUGGUGUCACAGAGAAAUCCAUUGAUGAUUUGGCGGCCAGCAGGAAUGGAGCAGAUUCCUCUGACCCUAGUGUUCCCAGAAGACAGGAUCCUGAUGACCUCUCCAGUGAUAUUUUCAACUAUGAAGAAUACUGCACUGCCAAGGCGGUCACUGGGCCUUGCCGUGCAGCCUUCCCACGCUGGUACUUUGAUGCUGAGAAGAACGCCUGUGAUAACUUUAUCUAUGGAGGGUGCCAGGGCAACAAGAACAGCUAUCUCUCCGAGGAGGCGUGCAUGCGCCGCUGCUUUGGCAAGCAGAUAUAUCCUGUCCUGCCCCCUGGCACGAAAGUGGUGGUCCUGGCGGGGCUGUUCGUGAUGGUCCUGAUCCUCUUCCUGGGAGCCUCUGUGGUCUGCCUGAUCCGGCUGGCACGGAGGAACCAGGAGCGUGCCCUGCGCACCGUCUGGAGCUCUGGGGACGACAAGGAGCAGCUGGUGAAGAACACAUACAUCUUGUGAACACCCUGUCACCAAGAGAAUUGGGGAGGUGGGGGGGAUGUGUGUGUGCUUUUUUAAAAUAGAGUGAUUGAUUUGUAUUUGUGAGAUCAUUAGGGCUUUGGUGUGUUUGUUACUCUGGAAGGUAAGAAGGCUGCUCUCUGGUCUCACCGUGGGUUUGUUUGGAGAUGCUCUUAGGGAAGGGCUCUUGGCCACGUCGCCACUGGUCGGGCAGCAGCCCCAGUCGUUUCCUCGUUAUUUUUCGUCUUUUUUUUUUCCCCCUAAAGGAUUCUUUCCUGGAUCAUUAUUUUUCUUUCCUCCAGGUAUAGUUUCUUUGCUUAUGUUGAAUUUCAUUGCGUUCUUUCUCAUCACAAAAGUGAUGUUACAGCAAUUCCUUUGGUUUGUUUGAUUCAUGUUUUUUUUUAAGUAAGCAUAAACAGAAGUUUUUUUUUAUUAGGAUUCUGAAAGGAAGAAAGUGAAAUGUACAAGUUUAAUAAAAAGGGCCUUCCCUUUUAAAAUAAA